CUGCUUUAACCAGGCAGGCAAUUCACCCUCCCCAAGCUCCCACUUCGGCUUUGCCUGGAGGCGGAAGUGGGUGGGAGGGGCCAGUCGCGCGCCCCUCCCCGGAAGUGGGCGUGACCUCCAGGGCUCUAGUCGUUCCACCGUCUCCCACUCGGGUUGCGGCUGAGGCCGGUCCUGGCUUUGUAGCUCGCUCAAGAUGGCGGCACAGCCACCCCGCGGGAUACGCCUCAGCGCGCUUUGCCCGAAGUUUUUACAUACAAAUUCUACUAGUCACACCUGGCCAUUCAGUGCAGUUGCUGAAUUAAUAGAUAAUGCUUACGAUCCUGAUGUGAAUGCUAAACAAAUAUGGAUUGACAAAACAGUGAUAAAUGACCAUAUAUGCUUGACAUUCACUGACAAUGGGAAUGGUAUGACUUCUGAUAAAUUGCAUAAAAUGCUAAGCUUUGGUUUCAGUGACAAAGUCACCAUGAAUGGUCAUGUCCCAGUUGGAUUAUAUGGGAAUGGCUUCAAGUCGGGUUCUAUGCGUCUGGGUAAAGAUGCAAUUGUUUUUACCAAAAAUGGAGAAAGCAUGAGCGUGGGCUUUUUGUCUCAGACCUACUUGGAAGUCAUAAAAGCAGAGCAUGUUGUUGUUCCAAUAGUGGCAUUCAACAAGCACCGACAGAUGAUUAAUUUGGCAGAAUCAAAAGCCAGCCUUGCUGCAAUUCUGGAACAUUCUCUGUUUUCUACGGAACAGAAGUUAAUGGCAGAACUUGAUGCUAUUAUGGGCAAGAAGGGGACGAGGAUCAUCAUUUGGAACCUUAGAAGCUACAAAAAUUCAACGGAGUUCGAUUUUGAAAAGGAUAAAUAUGAUAUCAGAAUUCCUGAGGAUUUAGAUGAGACAACAGGGAAGAAAGGGUACAAGAAGCAGGAAAGGAUGGACCAGAUUGCCCCUGAGAGUGACUACUCCCUGAGGGCUUAUUGCAGUAUAUUGUAUCUAAAGCCGAGAAUGCAGAUCAUCCUACGUGGACAGAAAGUGAAGACACAGCUGGUUUCGAAGAGUCUUGCCUACAUUGAACGUGAUGUUUAUCGACCGAAAUUUUUAUCUAAAACAGUGAGAAUUACCUUUGGAUUCAACUGCAGAAAUAAAGAUCAUUAUGGGAUAAUGAUGUAUCACAGAAAUAGACUCAUCAAAGCUUACGAAAAAGUUGGAUGUCAGUUAAGGGCAAACAACAUGGGUGUUGGAGUGGUUGGAAUUAUAGAGUGUAAUUUCCUUAAGCCAACUCAUAAUAAACAAGAUUUCGACUAUACUAAUGAGUACAGACUUACAAUAACAGCACUGGGAGAAAAGCUGAAUGAUUACUGGAAUGAAAUGAAAGUGAAGAAAAAUGCAGAAUAUCCUCUAAAUUUGCCAGUUGAAGAUAUACAGAAACGUCCUGAUCAGACAUGGGUUCAGUGUGAUGCCUGUCUAAAGUGGCGGAAAUUACCUGACGGAAUAGAUCAGCUUCCUGAAAAAUGGUAUUGCUCCAAUAACCCUGACCCACAGUUCAGAAAUUGCGAGGUUCCAGAGGAACCUGAAGAUGAGGAUUUGGUACAUCCCACUUAUGAAAAAACCUACAAAAAGACCAACAAGGAAAAAUUCAGGAUCAGACAACCGGAAAUGAUCCCUCGGAUUAAUACUGAACUGUUGUUUCGGCCAACUGGUCUUUCAACUCCCAGCUUUUCUGCUAAGGAAAGUGUUCCAAGAAGAAUUUCAGAAGGAGCAAAUUCUUAUGCAACAAGACUUCUAAAUAAUCAUCAAGUUUCACCCCAGUCUGAACCUGAGAGCAACAGCUUCAAACGGAGACUUUCUACUCGUUCCUCAAUUUUGAAUGCGAAGAAUCGGAGAUUGAGUAGUCAGUUUGAAAGUUCAGUUUAUAAAGGUGAUGACGAUGAUGAAGAUGUCAUCAUUUUGGAAGAAAACAGUACCCCCAAACCUGCAGUAGAUCAUGAUGUUGACAUGAAAUCAGAACAGAGUCACAUUGAGCAAAGUGGUGUUCAGAUCGAGCUUGUGGGUGACAGUGAACCUUGUGGCCAGACUGGUUCAACAAGCACCUCAUCAUCCCGGUGUGACCAGGGAAAUACUGCAGCUACCCAGACUGAAGUACCAAGUUUAGUUGUUAAAAAGGAAGAAACUAUUGAAGAUGAGAUAGAUGUAAGAAAUGAUACAGUGAUUCUGCCCUCCUGUGUAGAAGCUGAAGCAAAGAUACACGAAACCCAGGACACCAUCGAUAAAUCUGCAGAUGAUGCAGGCUGCCAAUUACAAGAACUGAGAAACCAGCUACUACUUGUCACCCAGGAAAAAGAGAAUUAUAAAAGACAGUGUCAUAUGUUUACUGAUCAAAUCAAAGUGUUACAACAGAGGAUACUAGAAAUGAAUGACAAAUGUGUGAAGAAAGAAACGUGCCAUCAGUCCACUGAAACUGAUGCUGUAUUUUUACUUGAAAGUAUUAAUGGCAAAUCCGAAAGUCCAGACCAUGUGGUAUCUCAGUAUCAGCAAGCUUUGGAAGAAAUAGAAAGGCUGAAAAAACAAUGUAGUGCUUUGCAGCAUGUAAAGGCUGAAUGCAGUCAGUGUUCCAAUAGUGAGAGUAAAAGUGAAAUGGAUGAGAUGGCCGUGCAGCUUGACGAUGUGUUUAGACAACUGGACAAAUGCAGUAUUGAGAGGGACCAGUAUAAAAGUGAGGUUGAAUUACUGGAAAUGGAAAAAUCCCAAAUGCGUUCACAGUGUGAAGAACUCAAAACUGAAGUUGAACAGUUAAAAUCUACAAAUCAACAAACAGCAACAGAUGUUUCAACAUCAAGUAACAUUGAGGAGUCCGUAAAUUAUAUGGAUGGGGAAAGCCUCAAACUCCGAUCUCUUCGAGUUAAUGUAGGACAGCUGCUGGCUAUGAUUGUGCCUGAUCUUGAUCUUCAGCAAGUGAAUUACGAUGUUGAUGUAGUUGAUGAGAUUUUAGGACAAGUUGUUGAACAAAUGAGUGAAAUCAGUAGUACUUAAAGUAUAUAUUAUGUAAGAUAAGAAAAUAUUUGCUCAAUUCUUUUGGUUGUACAGCUUUCAAAAUAUAAAUAAUUUUGUUUUAUAGAUACGAUAGGCAACAGACUGAAAACCAUAAUCUUAUGACUGUAUUCUAUGCAUUCAAGUGUGGUCACAAAUAUUGUGAACACAUUAUCAUAUGUUUUGAAAUACCUGUGAAUUGUUGGCAUUGAGCAGCUGAAGCUAAUUCAUGACUCUGUUUUGAAUGUAAAUAUUUGUAAUUAAGCCUGCACAUAUUUUUUUAUUGCCCUAGAGUACUUAAGUGUUUUUCACCAAGAGCUUUUCAGGCUGCCCCCAAGCUUUGUGCAAUUUUUUCUGGUUCCCCAAAGUGUAUUUUUCUCUAAGUCGAGGGCUGUGCCAUAAUACAAAUGGAAAUGUUACCUUUGAUUUUCUUAUAAAGGAGUUUAAAUAGGAUUUUUAAGUAAUGUAGUCACACUCCUGAUACGACUCUGAUUCUAAGUGAAUUGAGCAUUAAUGUUUCUUUUGUAUAAAUUCCUAUCCUGAAAUAUUUUAUUCAUGAAAGUAAAUGUAAGCAAAAACCAUCUCCAUUUUGCCAGGAUUUUAUUGUGCUGAGAUUGCCAAUCAGUUAAACACAAGGAGUUUUUAUAGAACGAAGAAACAGUCUUUAACAGGAAAAAAGUAUUGAAACAUUAAAUGACCACCAGGUUUACUUUGAAGCCCAUUUCUGGCUGUUUAGUCAGCAUGAAGUGGGCAUGAUAAUUUUUUAAUAUUUCUUUUUGUGAAAUUUCCUGUACAGCCUUUUGUAGGAUUACUACAGGUUAAUGUGAGUUGAGGAAGAGAGUCUUUCUUGAACAAUACUGCAUACGAUUUAUUAUAUUACAAACCUAAAUGUUUUAUAUCCUGGAGUCAAGGAACAAAUUUCCCUAGGAUUAUAGUAUUACAUGCCAUAAAAUACUAUGCUUUUAUUGUCCUAUGUUUUGUGCAAUUUUAAAGAGAUGGCUUUCUAUUAAGUAUAAACUAUGUAUAUAUAAUUAAGAACCAUAUUUUCCACAACUAAAAUGUGCAUUAUUUUUUCCAAAGUUUUAUCAUUGCUAUUUAUUUUUACCUUUGUUUUUGGACAUUCAAUGCAUUCUUUUUGUAUGUAUGCUUAAUACAUGUCUGUCAUAUACAAUAUUAAAUUUUUACUGUAUAGUAACUUCUAGAAAGAGCAAAUAAAUGAAGAUUGUUUUUAUUUGCCUGAUAAAAGUAAUUGAAAGUGUAUUUUUGGUAUGAAACUGGUUUUCUGUCAUAAUUGUAAUUUCCCAAAUUUAAAAAUAAUCUUGUAAUAAAAUAUAUGAUGGCUAACUGUUCA